AUGGUGGACGGGCACGCAGCACCCCCGGCCGAGGCUUCUGCUCACGCCGCUGGUCAGGCUGAUGGGCCUGCUCCAGUGCAAGCAGAUGUGCGUCAUGCCAACGCCGGCCACGGCCACGACUAUAAUGCCCCUACAAGCGAGAAGGGCUCCAGCCGUGGACGGAUAACACCGCGACCAACAUUCCUGGAGAAUCUCGCCGAUUCUCGAGAUUCCCAAUUCAUGUUAAAUCGGCAAGAUUCGGAUGAUAUUGAUCGUUACUUUCACGGCCCGAGAGAUCUCGAUAAGCAUUCAAAAUGGCCCAUCAUGCUCCGUAUGCAUGGCAGUAUAUCGCCAAAAUUGAUCCUUCCUAUUGCCUUCGUCGCCGGCUGGUCCACUUGUAUAACUUUAAUUUGUCGUUUUGUCCAUAAUAUUGCUGUUGAUAACAUCCUCCUCACCGUUUUGGGUUUUGUCGUUGGUUUGUCGCUUUCUUUCCGAAGUUCCACUGCAUAUGAAAGAUGGGCGGAUGGCCGGAGAUACUGGUCAUUGCUCAUCCAGACAGCUCGCAACCUGUCUCGCACCAUUUGGGUGAACACGGCGGAGCGAGAAGAUGAGGAGGAAGGAAAGGUGGACUUGCUAAGGAAGCUGACGGCUAUCAACCUAAUCAUAGCCUUUGCAAUUGCUUUGAAGCACAAGCUGCGGUUCGAGCCAGAUGUCGGGUACGAAGAUCUAGCGGGCCUAGUUGGUUAUCUCGACACCUUCGCCAAGGAGGCUCACGACCGCCAGGUUCUCCAGCCUAGGAGGAAAACACUUUGGAAGUCGGCUGGUGAAUACUUAGGCAUUUCAUUCGCGGAAUCGAACCCUAGGAAACUCAUCAAGCGCUCGAAGAAGCCCUUGGGCCAUUUGCCCCUGGAGAUUCUCAACCAUAUCUCGGCCUAUGUCGACUCAGUUAUCGAGAACGGAACUCUCUCCAUCAGCCUUCACCAGUCUCAAGCUAUCACCUACCUCGCUCAGUUGAACGAAGUCGUUACCGGCACCGAGCGUGUCCUCGACACCCCGCUACCGGCUGCCUACAGCAUCGCAAUCGCCCAAAUCGCGUGGAUAUAUGUCCUCGUUCUCCCAUUCCAGCUGUACGACUCCCUGGGCUGGGUCACCAUUCCCGGAUCAAUCGUUGCCGCGUACAUAAUCCUCGGUCUUGCAACCAUCGGCAGCGAAAUCGAGAACCCCUUCGGCCACGAUGUCAACGAUCUCCCCCUCGACACAUACUGCAGACAGAUCGCUCUCGAAAUGGACAUCGUCACUGCCAACCCGGCACCCAAGGUUGAGGACUUCUCCUCUCGCGAGGACAACUACGUCCUUUUCCCCCUCAGCACAUCGGGCCAGCCGGAAUGGAAGAACCGCAGUGUUGAUGAUAUCCGUGCCGCUUUGCGUGCGAAAGUGGUUGCAAAUCCCGACUCUACUUCGUCACAUACAUCGACCGUGGUUGAACAAGUCAAUGCGAAGUUCAACAAGACGGCCUCGGUAUAA